AUGGCUGAUGGAGAACGCACAUUCACCAUAAAUGCCGAUAAGAACGCCAGGCCAUUAGACAACAACUACAGUAUCGACCAGUUGGCGUGUAUCCUACAACUAUGGUGCGAAGACCAUCAGCAAGACCUGGAACUUGGUUGCCUAAUGAGUAGAGGUAUUGGGUUACUCAACCUCUACGAUAACGACGACACCAGGGUCGAUACGGGUAUUGAAUGGAUCUACAGUUCCAAUAGCGGGCGGGCAACGGCGGACGAAUACACCGACCACUACGAAGCUCUCCGUAGCCCGACAGUCCCAAGCUCGCCAAAUAGCAAACCGUCUCCAACAUACUCGCUAAAAGUCUCAGACUUUUCCCCAUCCGCCUCCAUUGCCGAGCGCUCCGCUAAGAAGUGCCAUUCGCGUCUCAGUCUCGAUCUCCAAAUACCGUCAGCACAGCCGAUGGACCAAACCCCUACAGGGGGUAUAUGUAGUACUUCGACAGCACCCAAUUCCAACACCGAGGCCUCAACAGAAGAUGGGGCGGACGAGCCCGAGGGGUCUUAUGGCGCAGCGGUAGUAGUGUCGCCCCCACCGGGGGGGCAGCCGGCCACCCUACCUACCGCUACCGCGUUCGAAACCGGGGCAAGUCGCUGUCUUCACCCUUUUUUUGCCACUUUUGUUCCCCCUUUUUUUUUUGCUGUUGGAUUCUCUGUUCUAGAUCCUGUCUGCUUUGUAUCUCGCUACCUCUAUCUAGUACGUGGAGAUCUUUUGUCGGGACCAGACGCUACCAUGUUGCGCCAAAGCAUCACGCUCUUUUCUUACGCCGGUAACGCCCUGAUCCUGCUCGGCGCCCACGACGAGGACAAGAAUUUCCAGCUGGGGAUGAGGCUCCUCUCCCGUGCCGCUGCGAGUUUCCUGACACUUAUGCGCCGACGUCUGGUGGAUGGCGGCCUCCCGACCAGCGUUGCUGCCUGGCCGCGCGCCCAAUACAUGAAGGCUGGCGACUGGCAGACCAAGGGCUCUCGCGAGAUCUUCAUGAACGAUGGCAGUGCCGCCAGCUUCUGCGAACCUAGUUAUCCCCGACAAGCCAACUCCCAACACUAG